AUGGCAAUGGUUAAAAAACCUCCAAACAGCACAGCAGAUGCACAAAAGACACAGAAACCAGUAAUGCUGCUUUGGUUCUGGCCUGAAAACAGAAGAUUUGAUCUGCAAUCUUGUGACACGCUGUUUGGGAUUGACAGCUGUCACCUAACAGACAACAGAUCCUUGUACUCCAGCGCACAUGGACUUGUGAUUUUUCACAGAGGCAUCCAGGACGAUCUCUCCAAUCUUCCCACUUCUCCUAGACCGAAGUUUCAGAGGUGGAUCUGGUUUAAUACAGACUCACCCUCCAAUACCCGCAGGAUAGCAGGCAUCCAAGGCCUCUUUAAUCUAACUUUGGCCUACAGGAAGGAUGCAGACAUCCAGGCUCACUGGAAACUGUCUGUCAGGAAGAACACGGACCCUCGUUUCCAGCUGCCAAAAAAGGAGCGCUUACUUUGUUGGACUGCUGAUAGCAAAUUCCCCCACAUGAAAUCAAAUCAGAGCUACAGUUACUACAGAGAACUCUCAAAACACAUCAAGGUGGAUGUCUUUUACUCUGCAGAGUUCUCCAAAAGUGAGGACUAUUUCCUUACCAUCAGCAGCUGCAAAUUCUAUCUUUCAUUUGAAGGUUCAAUCGACAGAGACUACAUCACAGAGACUUUCAAUGGGCCUCUUGUGGCUGGUGCUGUGCCGAUAGUCAUGGGCCCGCCAAGACUGAACUACGAGGAUUUCUACCCAGGUUCCUCCUUUAUACAUGUAAAUGACUUUAGUGAUGCCUCUAAAUUGGCCAAGUUCCUCCUAAAGCUGGAUAAAGACUAUAAGAGUUACAUUAAAUACUUUGGUUGGCGGUAUGCCUUCACCGCCAGGCCCCACCCUAUUGAGGAGAACUAUGAGUUUGCACAUGCUAUCUGCCAGGCCUGUCAGUACCUGAGUGUGAACAAAGUUUACAGAGUGGUACCAGAUCUCUACAAGUGGUUCUUUUAG